GCUCCCUGAUUAAUGUUCAGAGGAUUGCUGACUUUUUCCAGGCUUCAAACUGAGUUACCGGCUUCUGUGUGAGACACAAAAUGUCCUUACAGUCUGUCGGGAGACAGCAGGAUGGAUUUAUAUCUUGUUUACUUUAGUAGACAUACACCAUUUCUCAGGUUUCUGGGAUUUUUUGACCAAAAGCGACCGAAACUUCGGUGCUUGUUCAACUUCUGGGAGCUAAGCAGCUGUUUGGCUUGACCAGUUAACUUGUCAUAAUACUAGUAAUAAUAAUAAUAAUAAUAAUAAUGGAUAAUAGCGGCGAAGUCUCCAACGACAUUCGGACUGUUUACGCUGCUGUUUCCAGAGAACCAAACUCUGACCUGAAGAAUGGACAGCUUUUCAAACUUUACAAGAGGAGGUGGUUUGUGCUGCUGGUGUUGUGUCUCCUAAACUGCUCCAACGCAACGAUAUGGCUUACCUUUGCACCAGUGGCGAACCAGUCUGCCCAGUACCUGAAAGUUACUCUGGACGAGAUCAACUGGCUAUCACUGGUCUACAUGGUGGUGGCCAUACCGCUCAGCUUUGCAACCACUUGGAUGCUGGAUACUCUUGGACUGAGGAUAACGCUGAUCCUGGGUGCCUGGCUGAACAUGCUCGGAGCCGUGCUGCGGUUCCUCGGCACGCUUCCGGGUGAGAGUUUUAAAAUCCAGUACCCGAUAGUGAUGUUGGGACAGACCCUCGGCGCCUUGGCUCAGCCCCUCAUCGUUUUCGCUCCCACCAAGCUGGCAGCCCUGUGGUUCCCCGACCAUCAGCGGGCCACAGCUAACAUGAUCGCCUCGAUGGCUAAUCCCCUGGGAAUCCUCCUCGCUAACAUCAUCUCUCCUGUGAUGGCUGAAACAUCUGCACAGAUCCCAAAGCUGCUUCUAGCCUAUGCAAUACCGACAUGCAUCAUCUGUGUCCUAGCAACAGUGGGGAUACGCAGCAGUGCCCCCCCGACGCCGCCCUCAGCCAGCGCAGAGACUUCCAACUCAGAGCCGUUUGUACAAGGGAUCAAGCUGUUACUGACGAACAGAGCCUACCUCGUCCUGCUGCUUUGCUUCGGCUCAGGGAUCGCCGUUUUCACCUGCUUCUCCACGCUGCUGGAUCAGAUCCUGUGUGUAAAAGGAUACACCAACGACUUUGCUGGGUUGUGCGGCGCCCUCUUCAUUGUGUUUGGCAUCAUCGGCGCCGGUAUUCUGGGUCUUUAUGUCGACAAAACCAAGAAGUUCAUGGAAGCCACAAAGAUCAACAUGAGCUUCUGUGCUGUGGCGUGCAUCGCCUUCUCAGUGGUGUCUCUGAUGCCGCAGCAGAAAGUCGCCGUGGCCGCCGUCUGCUCUUUCUUCGGCUUUUUUGGUUUUUCCAUCUACCCGGUUGCCAUGGAGCUGUCGGUGGAGUGUUCGUAUCCCGUUGGAGAGGCCACGUCAGCUGGACUCGUCUUUGUAUCGGGGUACUAA